AUGUCGGUUCCGAUGAUCCCCAUCGAUCCCGAGAAAAGGGACGAUAUCUACUACCGCUACAAGAUGCCUGCCAUCAUGACCAAGGUGGAGGGCAGCGGUAAUGGCAUCAAGACCGUCUUCCCAAAUAUCCACGAUGUGUGCCUCGCCAUUAACAGACCGGAGGAGGUACUCAUGAAGUUCUUCCAGUCCGAGAUUGGCGCGCAACGUACGGUGCUAGAGAAGGAUGACAAGUUCCUUAUCAUGGGAAGCCACACGGAGGAGCGUGUGCAGGAGAAGGUGUAUGACUUUAUCCGCAAGUUUGUCCUCUGCCGCAGCUGCCGCAACCCUGAGACGCAGCUGCUGGUUGAGCGUAACAAAAAGGGCGUUCCACAAAUUAGCCUUUCUUGCGGGGCAUGCGGUAAAGUAAUGAAGCUUACGGAUCUUGACGCUCGCUACGUGACGGCGCUUGUCUCCUACUUCGCCAAGAACCCCCAGAUGCUCCACAAGAAGGGUGCUGGUACAGCUGAAGCUCGUGGAGCUGACAGCAGCCAACAAACAGCAUCAGCAGCGGCCACAGCGGCUGCGGCGGCAGCGGCAGCAGCGGCAGAAGCCCCUGCGUAUACAGGGACUACGGUAGUGCAGCGGUCGGACUUGGAAGACACACGUGAGCCGCCCCAGGACGUACUCGCGCGUCACAUGCGGCAGCACCCAGAUGAGUAUGAAGAAACUAUGCGCCGCUGCAUGGAGCUCAUGUCGAGCUACAACCUCAAGGAGAAGAUGGGCCCCCUGCUUGUGCUGAAUGCUAUCAUCAUGGCGGAGAAGGAGUUCAUGGCGGGUCUACGCCGCCACUCGCGCCUACUGAAGCGCUUCUCCACCCUUGCAGACGCUUCCCUGCUCGACGCCGCCACCGACGAGUCUGUUAAGACUGAGCUUUUGAAGCGUGAGAAGCAGCUGCAAAACGCCACUAUUGAUGAAUGCGCUCGUCUCUGCGCCAAGCGCCUCAACCCUGACAAGAUGGUUGUGCUGCUCUUCCUUCUCUUCACUGAGGGCGUGCUGAAUAGCACAACCAUCGAGGAGUGGUGUGGUAACGCCACGCCAGUCUCGAAGGUGGAGCCUGCGGCAGAUGCCGAGAUGAAAAAGAAGGCGGCGCCGCUCGUUGCGUGGCUUACAGGGAAGGCGUAA